AUGGCUUAUGGACGCUUUUACGUGAUCAGAGCACUGAGGGAUGAGGUGCAGACACUGCAGCAACAGCUGGAGCAGCACAGAUGGAAGUACAGAGAUGACAACGCCAUUGGACAGAGACGACAGCAAGGUCGGCGUGCACGAGGAAAUGACAUCACUACAUCGGGUUGUGAGAUCCCACCAAACAUCUUCCUGUCCUGCACGUCUGGGGACGACCCAACAGACACGCCGACAUCACCACAGGAACUGGAGGAUGACUCGGCAGAUUUUCCAGCGUCUCCCACUUAUGAUGAUGAUGAUGAUGAUGCACUGACAUCACCAUGGCAACUGAAACUGCCUUUGCUGUCAGUGAAGCUACAAGACUGCCGUGCAAUGCUGGGGCCUAAUGGAGUUUAUAUUAUUCAAUCGAUAGAGGACAUAAGCGAUGACGAUUACAAUAAUGGCUACAACGGUUAUCCGGACGAUGACAGUGACUUUAACCCAUCAGAUUCCUGCUUUGAGGAGCCUGUCUCUGCGGGGGAAGAGUAUGAGCCCAGCAGAGGAGUCAAGAAAGUCAAGAAAUCCAUGGCCCCAAAGCGUCACUACGAGAAACGUUACGCGUGCACAGAAUGUGGAGAGACCUUUUCCUUUCCAAGCCGCCUGGCUCGUCACCAAAGAGCGCACGCCAAAAAGAUAGACAAGGCUCGCCGAAAAGAAGAAAAAGCACGCCUAAAAGAAGAAAAGAAAAAGUGCGCCACUGCCACCACCGCUGCAGGUGAAAACCCAUCCACUGAAUCUACGCACGAAAGUUUGCCCAAAGAUGCUAACUUUAAAAAGCGUUCUUUUGCAUGUGACUUCUGUGGGAAGAUUCUUGCUGGCAGAAAAUGUCUUCAAGUUCACAGAAGACUGCACACAGGUGAAAUGCCGUAUGCCUGCAAAGUUUGCGAUAAAACAUUCAGGCAGUUAGGUGGACUCAUUGCACACCGGAAACAGCAUCUGACGAGUGAACAGAGAAGUGAAAAACCUGUCAAGAAAAGUGCAAAGGAAGUCAUAGAAGAAAAGAAAAGGAAGGGCGUAGAGCACAAGUGCUCACUUUGCUCCAAGGAAUUCCCCUAUCCAUCAUACUUAAUAGAACAUUUUAAAAUGGUACAUUCAGAUGAUAAACCCUACAUUUGUAGCCAGUGCCCCAUGAGAUUCAGCACGCAUUCGUGUCGGAAAAGUCACGAAAGCACCCAUUCGGACGAGAGGCCUUUCGGGUGUCCGUUGUGUGGGAAGGCCUUCAAAACGAAACUUAGCCUUAAAAAUCACGAGAUGACGCACUCGGAAUUGAAGCCGUUUGCCUGCACGUUCUGCAACAAGGCUUUCAGACAGAAGCAGUUGCUGAAGAUACACAUAAGACGACACACAGGAUAUAAGCCCUUCAAGUGCUCGCUCUGCGAUGCUGCUUUCGUCAAAAACUGUGAGCUCAAAGAUCAUCUACGUCGACACACAGGCGAGAAGCCUUACCUCUGUGCCAUUUGUGGGAAGACUUUUAGUCAUCCUCAUAUACUGAGGACCCACCAGAUAGUUCACACUGGAGAAAAACCCCACCAGUGCACUGUCUGUGGAGAGAGAUUCUCCUACUUGCAGCCCUUGUAUGCACACGAGAAGAAAGUGCACAAUAUCGUUUCCCACCAGUGUGAAGAGUGUGGGAAGAGCUUUAAAUCAGUUAAAGGAUUAAAAAAGCACAGCUGUUCUCAAGGUCCUAAUAGCACUGAACGCAACAAGGAGGUGGAAGCGGAAAAGGGCAUUGAGGGUGUUGAAGCAGCAAAGGGCAUUGAGGAGGUUGAAGCAGCAAGAUGCAUAGAGGAGGUUGAAGCAGCAAGGUACAUUGAGGAGGUUGAAGCAGCAAGAUGCAUAGAGGAGGUUGAGGCAGCACAUAACACUGAGGCGGGGGAAGCAGCAAGGUACAUCGAGGCGGUUGAAGUAGCACAGAACACUGAGGCGAUUGAAGCAGCAAGGUACAUCCCAGACAUGGAGAUGUAUGAUGUAGAAAUGACCUGAACUUAGUAACUGCUUCAAUAGAGCUCGAAAGUCCCGCCCCUUAGUUCCGCGUUUCACGGGACCUAAGCUGACCAUCUAACAACAUGGUAGAGAGUAAAUAUCUUCUGAUCUCAGUCAUGAUAUGCGCUGGGCUACAAAUAUGCUGUUUAAGAGGCUAGAUAAAUAUUAUUCAUGCAGAAGUAUCAAUGUUUUGUUCCGAGGCCGUCGGCAUGGAAAAUGU